CUGGUCCGCCGGCUGCUCGUGCCAACAUGGACGAGGGCAACUCGGAACCGCAGACGAAAAAAAGACGACGCCUGGAACCGCCGCAGACUUCACCGGUCGCCGUUGCGCCCGAUGGCCAGGUACUUGGCUCGAGGAAGACGACUGACAACGUCCAACAUGGGAGUCCUAAACGCGAGUCUAUGUCGCCUUCGCUGCAGUCAUCUCAGGGAGUCACGGAAGUCGUGGUGCAUCAGCAAGCACCACAAGGCGUGGACGACGACGAACCAGUGCAGGUUAAAUACGAGGUCGUCGAAGAAGUGGUGGCCUACGAGACUUGUCCGGCAACUAUUAUGGCCGGGCAAAUCACCGAUGAGGAUCAGGUGGACAAUGACGCCUCGGAUAACGCUGUACAGUCACCAACGCUGGUACCGGCCAUAGUCUCAGUCGGCGCGGUCGAAGAUGAGGACGCCGGCACGACGCCCAGCGGCUCUCCCGAGCUGGCCGAGCUGAGAGUGGAAUGGCCUGUGUCUCCGUCGCAGGCGGCCGUGGUGGUCGGCGCUGCGCACCCGGACGGCCUGCAGGAAAUGUACGUGCUCGACCCGUUGGCGCAGCCCACCCCCGAACAGCUGGCGGCCGUCGGUGCCGUUGGUCCCGAUCACAUGCCUUGCGACUACCGCAUGAUGACGCUCAACCAGGGCUCUCCAGGACCCCACGGCGAGUUCCAGGAACUGCCGCCGCCCCACCACCACCCUCAGGCGCAACCCUACCUACUCGCCUCUGCCGACGGCAGUUACUCGGUGCGAAUCCUUUCGGACGAUGGCCAGACCCUGGCUCAGACUGAGCAGCAACACUUGAAGCUCGUCAAGGGCAGUGCCGGCCGUGGAGCAGCGGUCGUGGUAGACGGCAGCGGCGGUGCCGGUGAAGUGUUGCACGGCGAGGUGUUCCUUCCGUCGACUGUAGACAUUGUGCCGAGGACGACUGCGUACGGACACCACGCAGGUGUGAUCGCCACCGCGGCGCCGGUCACCACGGUGCUCCCACCAACCGCCGCCACCACUGCGGGAACUACCUUUCUUUCCAGGGACGUCAGCUACGUGUUGCCCCAACAGCAGCCUCAGCAGCAUCACCAGCGCCAGCAGACACCCACGACGGUGCAUCAGCCGGUGCAACAACAAACGCAGCCGCCCCAGACGCAGCCGCAACAGACUCAUCAGUCCAGGGGCUCCAGGAGCAGUGGCCGGACGAGGGAUAGAACCCGAAGUUCGAGCACGCUGAGCCGCGAGGAGCAGAAGCGGAACGCAUGCGACCGUGAGCGGAGCCGCAUGCGGGACAUGAACCGCGCGUUCGACCUUCUCCGAGAAAAGCUGCCCUUCUGCAAGCCGCCCGGAAAGAAGUUCUCCAAGAUAGAGUCUCUCAGGAUGGCCAUCAAGUACAUCGGACAGCUGGAGUCGGUGCUGUCUUCCCAGUCGUCGACGCCAGCGGGCGCAGCUAGCGGCCAGCACUACGACCCGUCAUUUUUCUCAUCCUCUGUGUGGGCGUCCGCACCAAACUACUACAGCUGGAUACGACAGGACGUAGAGAACGGUGGACCGAGCGGCGGCGGAGGAGGUGCCGGAGGUGGCGCUGCCGGCGCAGUGGGUCAGGCAAACAACGGCAUGGUGGUCGACUCGGCAACUGGUAACCCGAGCGCAUUCUCGCCGCCCAGCCCCAAGUACUUCGCAAACUGCGACAAGGUCAAGGAGGUGACCAUGACGGCCGACGGCGCCUACUGGCACGGAGACGGCACAGCACAGGCGGCGCAGUUCGUCUACCAGUAGGACAGCAGCGGAUCCGCUGUGUCACCCAUCUGCACGCCGCCACGCCAUAUUGUCUUGGAGCUAUGUACAAAACCUGUAUAUUGUUGUUCUAGUCAGCCGGCCUGACCCCCGCCACGGAUACAGGGCAGGCUAGCUUACUUGUCUUCUGUUCUUGUUUUUCGGCCCUCAAACUGCCGAUGGUUGUGUGACAAUCGAAAAUAUUUGUUGUUUGUUUUACGACUGAUGGGCCGACUAAAUUCACAGUGCCCUACGCCACUAUAUGAAUGACCCGCACCAGCCUAUACCGGUAGCAACUCGCUGUCGCUAAUUUUGUCGCCGGCCAGCACGUGUUAGCCAGCUAAUCAUAAAAGCCGAGGUGUUGGCCAGUAAGAAAAUUAGUUGCUUCGAGCUGAACGCCGGCCUAAGUGCUCCUAUGUCCAUAUUCAUAAGUAGGAGCGGUUACAGGCCAAGGGACAAGUUGUUAACUGCCGAACGGCUCAUGAAAAACAUUAUUUCUACAUUAUUCAUUUCGUGAUUCCAGGCUGUUGAUCCACAAUGAUUUUCGUCAGUAAGGUCGUUCCAUGAAGGCUAGAACGUUAGUUGCAGCCUCGUUUGUCAUAGUUAUUUUCUAUUGUUCAAAGAAGGCUUCUUUAUGGUAGAAACAUGUUAGCGGUUCAACAUGAACGAAUUAAAGUGACGGCGAUUUGCUGACCAACGUACCAAUUUUUAUGUAACAUUUAACAUAAUUUUUCAAGUCCGUAGACGAACUUAUAAGAUAACAUAUUCGCUACCCGCUACCUCAAACUCCUUUUCUAUCAUUUGGCGAUCUCUUCGGGCUUCCUUAAAGCAAACGAUGUGCUCUAAUUCGAGGAAGAGGUGUCAGCAUUUUCGCAAACGCUGAUGGAAGAUAAUGGUCCUUUUUUAUCGUGUACGAGUGGCUCUGAAAGUAUGUGCCCAUGGAUACACCAUGUUAAACAUUCCAAAUAUUUAUUUUUGUUCAUCUGGCUUUCCUUUUACACUUUCACAUUCCAAUAUCUCGGCUUUAGUGUGUCAGGAAAUGACACGUGUACACUGACCGAGCUAGUCAAUGUCGCUAUGCGACACAAGUUGAAAGUUAGCUGCAGUCACAGAGGAUUGUAGCCAGUUUUGCUAGUGAAGCAUAGUCUACCACAUUUAUACCUGCAUUCCAACUUUUUUGGCAGGGUUGACGCCGUUUUUAAUAUGCAGGGCUAGUCGGCGCCAUGACUUGAGACUGACAGCGAAAAAAAAUUGAACUCGUGUUGAGAUGCCGCGUGGAAGUGAAUCUGCAUGCUCUGGAGCAUAGAGGUUAAAUACUAGACGACGGUUGAGUUUCUAGUAAGUAGACGUUGACCUGGCGAUUGCAAGGCGUGGUAUGAGAUGACGUGACACUGAUGCAACAUACUACUUGAGGACUUGAGCAUUACGGUCACGUAGCGCAACAAUGACAGGAUUACUGCAGGACCUGAACAACACAUGGUGAUGUCAUUUCCAAUCAAUUAGCACAUAACCUUUCUGUUAAUUAGCUUAACAUUUCUCUUCGGCUAUGAAACAUCAACAGCCACCGAUAGGAUGCGCCUGGCUUUCUCGAUGUUUUGCGUAAAAAAAACAACAAUAAGAACUGAGCCCAAAGAACACGCCUAAUGCAUCAAUGUUAACAGUGCUAACUCAAAAUGGCACAUCCAGUCCUGCAGGUACUAUACUGUCAAAGUUCUUCCAGUGUUUCUACGCAUGUCAAAGCUGUGAUAAAGCUUUAUAACGUUUUGAAUAAGCUAUUAUUAUUCCCAGAGCUCUGUCUACAAACAUAUCUAUAAAUUGAACAACAGCACCACGGAUUCGUUAUUGACAUUACCACGUCUGAGCUUGAUGGAUCAGCAGAGUCAAGAAAAAAUUAUGGACUUGAACAGCACUCAAUGCAAUUCGAUGCUUUGAGCCAAUCGUCCAUCUUUAUUUACACAGCUUUUUGGCCUAUGAGUUAGGACUAAACAAAAUAGUGUUAAAUCUUAGCCUGAUAGGCAUUAAACAGUGCGGAAAUAAUUUAUUUGUAAAUUAGUGGCUCUAAUAAGCACUAUACAUAGAAAAUAUUGCAGAAUUUCAACGCGUUACAGAAUAUUUGAAAAGCUUUGUUACAUCGUUGUGGUCCACGGAGUCAUGUGCAUUAACAUUUGAAAGAAUAUGGAGGUUUGUUGUCAUCUAUAUAUACAUGUGUGUAUGCGUCCACGCAAAUAUGAUUAUGAAAAAACAUGAAGAUGUCGUCGAUUAUGUCUCCGUUCGUUCAGCUUCUAUAAUAGAUAUACAUUUUUGAUCUCUUCGUCGCUCAGCGACUUCUUUAGCCCCAAUUCCCAUCGACCAGAAACAUUCCGUGCUUGGAAAGCCAGCCAAUUUUAAAUACGAAUGAAUUUCUUAGUCGGACUAUGUCAUGCGUCCGUCAGGAUUCGUCCACCGCCCUCUCCCAUAGCGACAGCAGCGGGCCCGCGCCCCCUAGCAACAGGAGCCCGCACCAUACCACGCAUCGGCAGCUGUCAGCAACAGCUGUGCGCGCGCUUAUCCUCGCCCCUAGCAACAGGAGCCAUUAAAGUUACUACGCCGUGUACUCUCGGCGCAAGAAAUGCAUUCGUAUUUGCCCACGCUUCCCCACGCCCCACCGCGGUGGUCUAGCGGCUAAGGUACUCGGCUGCUGACCCGCAGGUCGCGUGAUCGAAUCCCGGCUGCGGCGGCUGCAUUUCCGAUAGAAGCGGGAAUGUUGUAGGCCCGUGUGCCCAGAUUAGGGUGCACGUUAAAGAAACCCGGGUGGUCGAAAUUUUCGGAGCCCUCCACUACUGCGUCUCUCAUAAUCAUGCGGUGAAUUUGGGGACGUUAAACCCCAGAUAUCCAUCACGAUUCCCUACGGUGAGGUGGGGAAAUUUUUGCAACUAAAUCUGAAUAAAGUGAUAGUGUCCUAUUUCUAGUCUUUUUUUUUCUGAGAUGUACUAAAUUACCAACGGCACCAAGAUACUAACCGCUGUCCGUUAUCAUAGUCUGAGGCAUGUUAAGUAUACCUCUGUUUUUGCGUCUUGUUGCGUUGAAAAACUGUGCAGUUAGAGCAUGAGGUGUUAUGCUUCACCUAAUGUGUUCAAGUGCAAGGUGAAACCAGCUUUACAGUUUACGUCGCAGGAGCAUUUGUUGACGUCGCGAGAGUGCUGGUUUUCCUGCCGGCCUGCACAUAGGCCUCUUCACAGACGGCUACCUGGGCACCGCCAUAACAUUUUCUAGGCUGCGCUAAAUACGCGUGAGCCCUCAAAAGUGCUCUGCCGAGGCAGUGACGUAAGCCUUUGUAUUCCCGCGUACAGCCCAGCAUGACGGCGUUUUUUUCUGUCCUGUGAAAAGGUCUAUAGACUAUCUCAUUUUCGACCUAUCGGUGCCGCCUUAAUCGAAUUUCACAAAAAUAAGUUCAGUUUUGAAUGUCGUGACAUCAAAAUAUGCAGGUCAUGAAACACCUGGCGCAUCCGUAAGGCCGUUUUUAACGCGUUUGAGUACUGUGCGAAUCGUUCAAUUUGCUAAGCAAUUGUCAAAUAGAAGUCUGGUAGUGCCAACGUACUCAAUUAGUAGUAUUAGUAAACUAAUACUAAUAAAUAAAUCCGCUCAUUACAGUUUUCUGAAGGUUUUACUUCAAUUACUUUUGGUGUGAUUAUACAGUUACAUCCCCUGGAACUUGCAAUAAAAGCGAAGUGUCUUCCCACGUACAUGUGGAAGAAAAUUAUAGUGUAGCGCAUUUCUUUAUUUACAUAUAUUUAUCUUUAGUAGUAAAUAAACAUGGAAAUGAUGGUUGAUGAACUAAGAAAGAGAGUGGUUGGGAGAUCACUGAUGAGUUCUUCAAAGCGCUCUUUUCAUUGUGUUGCUUGCGUGCAGCAAGCGUAAAAAACGGUGUGUUGAUCAUACAUAAGGUUGGGGGGGGGGGAUAUGACGAUACUAUGUGCCUUAUUUAACCACAGACGAGUUUUGUUACCCAGCAAAGCAAUACCAAAUCGUGCCUUCUUCUAAGAAAUUGUUGCUUUUGAGUAAAAGUGUUGUCAUACUUCAGGAAUAAAAUGUAUUUUAUCCCAUCGUGCAA